CCCAAGUGUGCUAGUUUCCCUAAUUACGUAGUGUUCCUCCAUCCUUACUUUUUACUUUUUUUUCUCUCUUUCAUACUGGCCCCCCACCCCUUAUCCUUCUUGUUCAAGACAUGGGUGUGCAGUGAUUUGCUUUUGGGGGAUAAAACCCACAGUUUUGGAGUGGAGAGGGAUAUUACAGAGCAGGAUGGCCUGGAGUAAGGUACCUCUGCUCUUGCAUGGAUUUCUCCUGCUGGUUCUGUGUAAACCCUCCCUUCAAGGAGGAAUUUACAUACCAGCUGGUGCAGGGGGAGGAACUGGAGCUGGUUUAGGGGGUGGUCUUGGAACUGGAGCUGGACUUGGUGCUGGAACAGGUCCCGGAGGAGUUGGAACAGGAUUAGGUCCAGGUGGUCUUGGAAUAGGGCCAGGAACUGGAAUCAGACCUGGAACUGGAGUUGGAGGAAUACCUGGUUUCAAACCAGGAAAGACAGGAGGCUUUGGAGGUGGUGGUGCUUGGGGGCAAGGUGCUGGACUGGGUGCUGGAGGCAUUGGGGGAGUUGGGCCCGGUGCUGGAGGCCUUGGGGGAGUUGGCCCCGGUGCUGGAGGUCUAGGGGGAGUUGGGCCUGGUGGUGCAGGGCUUGGUACAGGAGGACUUGGUACUGGUGGAUUAGGCACCGGAGGCCUCGGGACAGGGUCAUUUGUCAAGCCACCUAAAACAGGAGGAUAUGGAGGUCUACCAGGAAUUGGACCAGGUGGUACAGGUGUUGGUCCUGGAUCAUUUGCACCUGGAGGAGUUGGUCCUUCUGGCAUUGGUCCAGGAGGCAUUGGACCAGGAGGAAUAGGACCUGGUGGCAUAGGACCUGGAGCCAUAGGAACUGGACCAGGAAGUCUUGGACCUGGAGGAAUUGGUGUUGGAACUGGAGGCCUUGGAGCAGGUGCUGGUGGCAAACCCCCUAAACCAGGUUAUGGGGGUAUUCCAGGCACUCUUGGAACUGGAGGUCUUGGUGGCCUUGGACUCAGACCAGGGGGUGCUGGCCUUGGAGGUGUAGUACCGGGUGGCUUUGGUGUUGGUCCUGGAGCUAGUGGCAUCGGCACAGGAAUACCUGUACAAGGUGUGGGCACUGGUGUGGGAGGGUUCGGCCCUGGUGGAGCUGGUCCAAUAGGUGCUGGAAGAGGUGUGGGAGGAAAACCACCCAAAACAGGUUAUGGAGGUCUUGGUGGUUAUGGCCCAGGAGGUGUCAGUACUGGACCAGGUGGCGUUGGACCAGGUGGCAUUUUCCCUGGUGGUGUUGGACCAGGUGGUAUUGUCCCUGGUGGUGUUGGGCCAGGUGGCGUCAGACCAGGUGGCAUUGUCCCUGGUGGUGUUGGACCAGGUGGCGUUGGACCAGGUGGCGUUGGACCAGGUGGCAUUUUCCCUGGUGGUGUUGGACCAGGUGGCGUUGGACCAGGUGGCAUUGUCCCUGGUGGUGUUGGGCCAGGAGCAGGCAGAAAACCUGGGAAACCAGGUUAUGCUGGGCCUGGGGGAUUUGGUGGCGGACCGUUUGGGACAGGAAGUCUUGGAGCAGGUGGUAUUCCACUUACACCUGGAGGUGCUGGAACAGGCUAUCCAUCAGGUGGUGUCUAUAGUGGGUAUGGUACUUAUCCUGGAGCUGGAACAACUGGUCAAAAACCACCAAAACCAGGAUUUGGACCUGGAGGUGUAGGUGUAGGAAUUGGUCCAGGCGGCACAGGACUUAGACCUGGGGGUGCAGGAGUUCUCCCUGGAGGUGUAGGAAUUGGACCGGGUGGCACAGGAGUUGGACCAGGUGGUGCAGGAAUUGGUCCAGGUGGCACAGGAAUUGGACCAGGUGGUGCAGGAAUUGGUCCAGGUGGCACAGGAAUUGGACCAGGUGGAGCUGGAGUUGGGCCUGGAGGUGUAGGAAUUGGACCUGGUGGCACUGGAACUGGAAUUGGAGGAGCAGGAGUUGCACCUGGUGGAGCACCUUUUCUUCCUCAAACUGGCUUACCAGGAGCUGGGACAGGUGCUGGGGGAAAAGUCGGAAAAAUUGGGAAGGCACCAGUGCCAGGUGUUGGGAUUCCUGGGCUAUACCAAGGGGGUCUAGUUCCUGGACAAGGUUUUGGCGGUAGAGGCGUUCUGCCAGGUGUAGCCACAGGAUCUCAAACUGGGCAGCUUGGUCAAGGCGCACUUGGAGCUAAUGGAGGCCGUGGAGGAUUUGGCCAGCAAAUACCAGGGGUGUUCCGUGGAUAUCCUCUUAUAUCACCAAAGUCUGGAGGUACAAGCGCAGCUAAGUCUCAGGCUAAAGCUGCCAAGUACGGGGCUGGUGGUGUUCCGGGUCUCGGUGGUGGGCUUGGAGGUAUACCUGGUGCAGGUGGUGUUCCAGGCAUAGGUGGCGUACCCGGUGCAGGUGGUGUUCCAGGCAUAGGUGGCGUACCCGGUGCAGGUGGUGUGCCAGGAAUAAGCGGUGUUCCAGGUGCUGCUGGUGUUCCAGGUGUUGGAGUCAUUCCUGGAGCUAGUGGUGGAACUCCUGGUGUCCUAUAUCCGGGAGCUGGUGGUUUCUAUCCUGGGGGAACUGGGGCAAAAGCUCGGAAGUAUGCUUCCGGGAUAGGAACUGGUGGACUUCCUGGUUCUGGUUUGGGAGUGGGUGGUCUUGGAACUGGAGGACUUCCUGGUUCUGGUUUGGGAGUGGGUGGUCUUGGAACUGGGACUUCCUGGUUCUGGUUUGGGAGUUGGUGGUCUUGGACCUGGAGUUAGUCCUGAAGGAUAUGCUGCAGCCAAAGCAAGAAAAUAUGCUCAGCUUGGACGUCCUGGUGGGACUUUAGGUAUAGGAGGAUUGCCAGGUGGAGGAGCUGGUGUGUCUGGUGUUGGACUUGGUGGACUACCUGGUGGAGGUCUUGGGAUUGGU